GAGAGAGAGAGGGAGGGAGGGAGAGAAGGCAUUUGACACAGCAGGUGGAUUACUCAAACGCACCUUGCCCCGGCGUUUCAAUUACAGUAAAUAUGGCGUCACUGUGUGUACUUUAAAAACACGUAUACCUAACUUUUGGUAGUGUUAGCUUUUAUUUUAACCCCGUGUCCUCGUGCGCUUUUUAUUUAUUUAUUUAUAUAUAUAUAUAUAUUUAUUUAUUUUAGUAGUUUUUUUUUUGAUAAGUCAAUUUGCGAACGCCCGUCGUCUUUCAGUCAACCAGCUUUUCAAGUUGGGUUUGUUUGAAACAGUAAAGUCAGGCGAUCGACACGGUGCUGGGGAGCGAUUCAGACAUUCAGACGCUGUUAAAAACAAGGUGAGACGUUUGGAAACGGUACACCCGGACAGGACCGGAGAUAUCCUGGGGGGAAAUGGAUUUUAAAUUACCGGGACUCGCUUUCUGCCCGUGGACGCUGGAGUUUCUAAUCUGCAUCGUGUUGAUAAUAUUGCCUGCCCCUUCUCUCUGCAGUUUCUUGGAGCCCCCCACCUCUGUGUUCUCCCUCACCGCUCUGGAAGAAGGGGCAGCUCGUCUGCCCUGUCGAUUCGAACCCGAGACAAACAACACGAAGGAGGAGGUCCAACAAGUCGCCUGGUUCAAACAACUGCACCCCAAUAAUGAGGGCCCUGUGAAUCGGGAGCAGAUCAUCCUCUUUCACAGAACCAUGGGGCAGCAUGUUUUUGACAAGUACAAAGAACGAAUCUCCUUUGAGAAGGCGGAUCCUAUCGCAGACUCCGCCCUCCUGAUCAGAGGCAUGACGCUGGAAGACCAGGGGGUGUACGUGUGUCAGGUGAUCACCUUCCCAUCUGGUAACUUCGAGACCACCAUCGAUCUGACUCUACUGAGCCUUCCAGUCUCUAGUCUUGACCCCGCCUCCCCACCUCUCCUGGAAGGUUCCGCGGUCGCCGUGGCGGCGGUCUGCACUUCCUGGGGAGUCGUGCCCCCCACGGUUGCCUGGGAGACGGGCCUAGAAGGGUCAAGCCAGCUUAAUCAGGCAGCCGGAGGCAAAGUCACAAACAAGUUCUGGGUGAAACCCAACCGGCUGAUGAACGGAGAGAAGCUGGACUGUUUGAUCACCCACCAGAGUCUUAAAGAACCAAGGAGGAUUCCAUACACCGUCGUGGUGCACUAUCCCCCAGAUGUGUCGCUCACAGGCUAUGAAAAUGAUUGGUUCAUGGGGAUGGAAGGCGGGGCUUUGAAAUGCGUGGGGAAAGGGAACCCCGAACCGAACAACUUCACGUGGACAAGGGAGAACUCGGCUCUCCCGGAUGGAGUGAGUGUGGUUAACGACUCUCUCUCGUUCCCUCGCCCUCUGGAGCUCUCUGACUCGGGCGUCUAUAUCUGCCGCUCGUCAAACAGAGCUGGUUUCGGGGAGGCGAAGCUGGAGAUCAGUGUGUCAGAGACAGCAAUCAGGAAAGCAGACUUCAGCUCCGUGGUGCUGAUCGCCGUGGGAGCGGUUAUCGCGGUGUUGCUGGUUACCCUGGUGAUCGCCGUGCUGUUGCUCAACCGACAUCACAAGCGAAGGAACACAGAGCUGGAGAGGGCUUUGAACAUGAAAACUGAGGAGCUCUCUUCCUUAUCCAGACAGACCUCUUUCAGAAGACUGAACUCCUUCAACACCGACCCCCGGUCUCAGACGGAGGACAGCAUCCCGCUGCAAGAAGGAGCCGUCGCGAGACACAGCAUGGGUUCUCUAGCGGAUCAUACCGCUCGCAGUCGGGACAGCCACUCCACGCUGUCGACGGUGCGGGGUGUGUCAGAGUUCCCGGGGCGCCCCCCCCUCUGCCGGGAGGAUGAGAGGGAGGAGGAGGAGGAGGAGGAGGACGAGGAGCUUCACAGAUCCAGGCUGAGAGUCGAGUCGUUUGUCAGGAGCAGCACCAGGUCACUGCGGGAGCCUGGACUCCGCCCCCCGCUGAACCCCUCCCUCCUGAGAACCCACCUGACCCGUUCCCUGCCCCGCUCCCUGCCCCGCGAGAGAACCAACGGCAGCGCCCGGCACCUGACCGAACGGAAACUCCGGGACUCCUCGCUUGGAUCCCAGGGGGAGGAAUCUCAAGAGAGGGACGAGUCCUACGAUGAGCUGAGCGAGGAGGGGGAGAGAGAAGGACAGGGAGAGGGAGAGGGAGGGUUGGAGAGAGAGUCCAUUACCGAAGCCCUUUCCCAGCACUUCCACAUGGACAACGGGACUCUCCGACCGAAGCCGACCGCCAAUGGGAUCUUCAUCCAUCCCAAGGCGCAUUUUGUCUGACAGGAUUUGACCUGCAGGAAAUAUUGGGAUUAGAUUGAACUGAACUGUAGUGUAAUUGGGAAACAGUGACAUCUGGUGGUCUGAUCGGUGUAUGCAGCCCUCCUCCCUGUGGAUAAAAAAAACUUGAAACUCUACCCUGUCAAGUGUACCAAAAAACAGCGCCCUCUGUUGGUCUGAUGGAUGUAUCGCAGCCAAUUUUAUAAACCCAGGUAAAACUACAGCCAGCAGCUACACCAAUGGGAUUGUGAUUAACCUGCCCUCUGGAUUUAAAAAAAAAAUAAAAAAAAAAUACUGUAAACUGGAAGGAAAAAGUGCCACCUGGUAGGCCAAAAUGUGGUAUUGCAGGCAAAAUGUGGUAUUGCAAAUUCGGGCCAAACUACAGCAAUGUACACGAUUGUGAUUUUGAUCACCACAAGGCUGUACUAAACAGCAUUCAACUGUGCUGAAAUGGUGUACACUGGAAGAAAAUAGCGCCAUCUGGGGUACCAAUGGGGGAACUGCAGGCAACUAUACCAAAUUCUACCAGACUGGAUUAGACAUUAAACUUCACCGCGCAAAACCGGAAACUAAACAGCGCCACCUGUUGGUCUAAACGGGAACUGCUCCUGCAUUAAACCCCUGGCAGCAACUUUACCAAUUGGACUAAAACAAAGAAUGUGUUUGGGGAAGGAAGUAAGACCAGGGUGUGAGGUCAUUUCCUGUUUUUCCAAAACCAAUUUCUCAGUUCCCUUUUUAAAAUCAAUUCUCAAUUUCCGGGAACCUUUUUUUUUUAAUCAAUUCCUAUCAUUGAUCAAAAUUUGCAAUCUGCAGUAUUCUGUUAAAACACGCUUCUCGUUUUCAGCUGCAACAAAUGACUUCCAUCAAAGUAGUUUGUUUGUUUGUUUGUUUGUUUGUUUGUCAAUUAAAUUGGCUUCAAACGAACGCAGAUAUUACCACGUCUCUAAAAUAUCAAUUCCGAUUCCUUGGAAAGGACUUGGAAGUGGAAUUAGGAAUUGAUUUUAAAAAGGAAACGGAUUUGAAAAACAGGCUUGACUCUGAACCCUGGCAAUGGUAUUAUUUUAACUGCAUCUCAGCUGGGUUUUUUCUCAUAGCUUUGUGUUUUCUAUUGAAAUGACGGUAUUGUAAAAUUGUUCUGUUUUAAAACAUUGGAACUUCUUGAGAAAACCGCUAAGUCGUUAAGUCUCUUAUUACAGUCAGCGCCGUAUAAUCGGGAUUCUAAUAAUCGGGAUUGCUGUUUAAACGGGACAGGACUCUGGGAGACGGUUUUUCCCAAUGCUGUUCCUGUCGUUUAACUGGGACGCCCCUUCGUUUAAUUGGGAUACAGUAUUUUCAAAUGGUGAACGGAGAUCGCUUUUCAAGGCAAGACAGGUUUGACUAGUACAGAGCAGUGAGUGUGUGAUUACCCUGUGACUUGUGUAAACCACUUCGAACUCUUGAAGGAGCUGCUGGAGUCUCCUGUGGUUUCUCAGGCUGUUGUUGCAAAGAAAGUUGGCACGUCAACAUCGCAGGUGCCUCGCCUUGUGGGGCAGCAGUGUGGAGUAGUGGUUAGGGCUCUGGACUCUUGACCGGAGGGUCGUGGGUUCAAUCCCAGGUGGGGGACACUGCUGCUGUACUCUUGAGGAAGAUACUUUACCUAGAUUGCUCCAGUAUAUCCCCAACUGUAUAAAUGGGUAAUUGUAUGUAAAAAAAUAAUGUGUAAAUAAAUAAAUAAUGUAAUUGUAUGUAAAAAUAAAGUGAUAUCUUGUAACACUUGUAAGUCGCCCUGGAUAAGGGCGUCUGCUAAGAAAUUAAUAAUAAGAUGUGAUUUAAUUUCUUUCAGCAGCUUAUGCAGGAUAUUUUUCCAUCUCCCCGAGGAGUCACGGUAAAGUGUUGCCGACUGUACUGUAUAUGUACGUAUAAUUACAAUGUUAUUAUGCAUGGUUACUAGAUUUACUGUGUGUGAAUAGUGUUAUCUUCUGGUAACACUGUCUGUUAAGUGUCUGUAAUUGCUGUGUGUUUGCAUAGCAGUUGCUUAGUAAAUACUGUGUGCUUACACAUCAUUACAAUGUUAUUAUGCCAAGUUACCGUUCUAUUUAAAUGUUAAGCAGAAAGGUGGAACAAAUCCAUUGACAUUUUAAACGACUCGUUUUGUUUAGGGAACAAAGUUUGGGAGUAUUUUGUAUGUUUGUUCAUAAUAUGUAAAUAUAAUGUCAUGUUUUGUUUUAAAGUUUUUUAUAUACAACCUGAUACGAUCUGUAUAAUAUGGCUACAUAUUAAGAUAUGUGUUCCAUGGCGAUGUUCAGUGUUGUCUUAAGAUUAAACAUAAUGAAAUAUGA